UUUGAACUAUUAAAAGUGAUUCGAUUCGGAAAUUAGAAAGCGUAUUCGCGAAAGAACGAUGUUUCAUCAAAAAUUGUUGCCAUUUUUCCUGGUUACGUUCAUAAUAUAUGAGAUAUUUGUUAUGAGUGUCAAUGGGGCCGUAACGAAAGAUGAGAAGGGGAAACAAAAGCAAAAAAAGACAUUUGGUGAUUUUUUGGCCGAACCUUCAUCGUUUAAAAAGCCGGCUUCUUUUGACCCAAUAAAACCAAGAAAAAAAUUUGGUGACAUUUCAGCCGAACCGUCUUCGUUUAGAAAACCGGUUUCCUUCGAACUAAGACCGAAAAAAACAUUUGGAGAAACUUUAGCCGAACCGUCAUCAUUUCACAAAUCCUCUUCUUUUGUUCCAUCGAAACCGAUUAAAACAUUUGGCGAUAUUUUGACUGAAACCGGUGACUCAUUCCAUAGGCCAAGUCCAACUGAAGAUUCACAAAUAAACGAUUCAUUUGGAUGGCCUUUGGGGUUGCCAUCUUUAUCACAUAUCGCGAGGUCUAGAUCUCAUCAUUCAUUGACACAAUCUGAGCUCUCAGACGAGUUUGCAUCUGCUCGCACGCAUUUAUCUUCUCUACCAAGAUCCGGGUCAGAAACAUCCUUUCGGACCGUGCCAUCAGACCUCUCUACACCAAGUUUUGGAUCAGCAUCAACUCAAUCAUACUUUUCAGCACCAGAGUGUGAUUGUGAUGACAAUAAUGGUCAUAAAUAAUUCAAAACAAAUUCCGUCAACACUCGAAAAAUAAAGUAUUGCAUUUCAACAAAUUUUUUCGCUUUUUUCAUCAUAACAAAAUUCUUUGCAAUUAUUACAAAUUACAUUUUUUUUGUAAAACUUUAUUUAUUGAAUUUCAUUACGUAUUAAGAUGACAAAUAUUGAAAUACCUGAAAUUGAAGAUAAUUCUCUGGAAGAAAAAAGUAGGAAAAAAUAAAAACCUGUCCAUAAUUUAUGAAACAAAUUCAAUUACCUCACAAAAUAUGACACCAAUGAAAAUAAGUGCGAAGAUAUUUCGAUUCAUAAUAUUCAAAACUUUCACAAAAUCUUCAAAUUUUAUAUUUUUUUGUAGUGAAAAAGUUGUUGACACGUUAACAUUUCACUGAUUACUAUAGUUUCCUUCGAAAGAGUUCAGACUUUUAAUGAAUAUAGAUUUCAUUUGAGCAUUGGCAUCUGCAAUCUUUAACAACAGUUUGUGUUGAAAAUCAUUGAAUUUGAACUCGUUCGUUUUGUUUUGUUGAUGUCGUAGCAAUUUUUUUUUCAUAAUAUUUAAGUAUAAAAAAAACAAUUGUUUGAAAGUUCUCAGUGUGACGCAAUACAGCCAUAUACAUUAUCACAUUUGAAACAAUCAGACACUUGCAAGAAUAAUAAUUCUUAAUAUCGCGUUGCCUCUCUCACUUUGAACAAUAUGAAAAUUUUCAGCACAAAAAAAUCAAAAUAAAAACUAUAUAUUUUAUGUACCAACGAUAGCUUAGCUGUCAGUGUUCAAAUAAAUGCCACAAGUUCAA